CUGGCCCCCCGCCCCCCAGCCCCACGCCCAGCACCGAAGCCGCCGAAAUGCAAUUUCCCGUGCAGGCGCCUCGACUCAGGGGGCUUUUCCGGGCUGGUUUGGAAAGCAGAGGGGCAACGCGGCGGCGGCCCAAAACGAGGUCCUGGAGCAGACAGGUCCUGCUUGCUGACUUACUGAGUCAAUAGGCUCCUCCCUCCCUCCUCUCUCCUUCCCCCUGUUAUGCCUGUCUAGGUUUUCUGCCCCUCCUCCCCCAGUCUGGGCCCCCUGGAGAAGUUGCCAAGGGUUUGGGGGAACAUUCAACCUGUCGGUGAGUUUGGGCAGCUCAGACAAACCAUCGACCGUUGAGUGGACCCCGAGGCCUGGAACUGCCAUCCACCCAUCAUAACCCCUACCUUCCAGAUCUGGGGGGCCAGGGUAUCUCCCAGAUCCAACCUGAGCAUCCCCUUUUUUAAGGCCACAGCGAAGGUCACAAUCAACAUUCAUUGUUGUCGGUGGGUUGUGAGGACGGAGGCUAGACCCACCGAGGGAUGAAUGUCACUGUGGCUGGGCCGGACACAGCCGGAGGGGAAUGGGCUAGGGAACAAGACCCACUUAUACAGUGCUCUGAUCUCAGCCUCUCACCCCUUGGGGGGAGCUGGCAUCUGGGAUCCUGAUGGACACAGGCCUGAUUUGGGGGAUAAAUCCUUGGGUGUGUGCGUGGGGGAGUAGUUUGGAGGGCAGAUCACAAGCUCAGGGUUGGGCAUCUGAAAAAUCUUUCUGAGGGGGUGGUGAGCCCUGUUCCUAGAGGGUUCAGUAAAGGUUUCUUGAAUGGAUGGAUGGAUGGAUGGAUGGAUGGGGUAGGCAGGCAGCAUAACUCCUCUUCUCUGUAUCCAAGUCCUGGGCCCAGCUUUUUCCCUCUCCUUGCCCAGGACCCACAGACCCCUACUUUACCCUCGACUCCCUGGCCACUUAACACCUUGGUGUCCCACUGAUCCCUCCAUCUGCCAGUCUCUGCCCCACCUGGGUGACUCCUGGAGGUCUCAUUUGAGGGGGUGAGGAAUGAGGCACUGAUGAGUGCUGGGAGCCCCACCAUCAGCCCAGCCUGUGUCUCUGCUCCCCCCCCCCCUUAAUGUUUUGUCUCACCUCCUGUCUACAUUAGGGCCAGCACCUAGUCCUGGGGGCUAUGGUAACUGAAUGGGGGAGACAGGCUUUUGUGUUUGUGUUUGUGAAUAAGUAUGGGCAGGAAGCCUUAUACCUCAGUGAGUUCAUCCAUUAAAUGGGUGUUCUGCUGAGAUAAUGGGUGUGAAAGCUCCCCGAGGGAGAUCUGAGCUAGGGGCCUUCAUCCUUGUCCUUUCCCCCACGAUGAGCCAGGCACCAUCCCCCUUCCUGAGACAACUGGAGCAUCUGUAGCUACCCCCUUCCCCAAAGAGCCCGGGGGCACCUGGCUCCUCCCCCAGCCCAAGGGAAGGAAGAAAGAAGUUACUAAGUUACUGACUACAUCAAUGCUGGUUUUAGGGGUGGGGGUGUGGAAGCUUGUGGGGCAGGAGUGGCAGGCCUCACAGACCUCCUCCAAAGAGGUGAAGGCAGGGGUAGCCCUCCCAAAGCCCUUUGGGGAUGUGUGUCUCCCAAUUGCAGGUGCCCCCUGCAGACUGUGUCCUGUCACACACACACACACACACACACACCCGUUGCCCCCAGCCCACUCAGAGACCAUGCAUCCCCUCGCAGGUGCCUUUAUGGGGGAGCAGCAGCAAGCCCCCCUGUGACAGUAAGGAACCUCCCACAGCCUGCUCCUCCCCCUUCACACCCCUUUGGAGGUCUAAGGAGGGAACUGACAGCCCAGACUCCAAGGCUCCAGAGAGGGGAAGGGAGGGGCAGAGAGGAGGAAGGAGUAGAAAGACGAGCUUGGGGCAGGCAGGGUUUAUUCUCUCUCUGCCCCCUCUGCCUGGCAAGUGUUGCCCAGCUAUGGGAACCUUUGACCUAUGGACAGAUUACCUGGGUUUGGCACGCCUGGUGGGGGCUCUGCGUGGGGAAGAGGAGCCUGAAACCAGGCUGGACCCCCAGCCGCAGCCAACUCCAGGAGCAGAGGGUCAGACACCCAGCCUGGAAUCGUCACCAGCUCCUGAACGCCUGUGCUCCUUCUGCAAACACAACGGCGAGUCCCGGGCCAUCUAUCAGUCCCACGUGCUCAAGGAUGAGGCGGGCCGGGUGCUGUGUCCUAUCCUGCGUGACUAUGUGUGCCCCCAGUGCGGUGCCACGCGUGACCGUGCCCACACACGCCGUUUCUGCCCGCUCACCGGCCAGGGCUACACCUCUGUCUACAGCUACACCACUCGCAACUCAGCUGGCAAGAAGGUGUCCCGGCCUGACAAGGCAAGGAUGCAAGAUCCAGGUCAUCGCCGAGGCGGCGCAGGAGCUGCAGCGUGUGCAGGUUCCAAAGGUGCUGGGAAAUCAGCUGGAUCUUCGCCCUCUUCCUGCUGCCCCUCCACGUCUGCCUAGGAGACUGGUGCAGGGAGGAUGGAGAUGCUGCCUUCCCCUGGUGUGGGGACCCAGGCUCCAUGGAGGAUGUAUUUUGGGGGAAGAUCCACCUUGCAAGGACCUGGCCCUGGGCCCUUGCCCCAGCCUGGAGGCCUGGUAAGAAAGCAGCAGGGCCUGGGAGCACAGCUGAAAGCGCCCCCAUGAGGAAGGAGGUGGCCCUCAGAUCCCCUGGCCCUCCCUCCCCAGCGCUGGGCACCCAGUCAGCACUCAAUAAAUGCUUAUGAGUGGA